UGGUAAAGGAGAAGUUGUAUCUGCUGCUGAGAUCAUCCAGCAACUGACCGUCCGCUGAGCGUGAGACGCAGCCAGCUCCUCAGCAGAGAAGGAAAGGGUGAACCAGUGAAUUAGCAGCAGAGAAAGAUUAGUCAACAUGGGUUGGCGUUGCAUGGCUCCUGGAAUCAUCCUCAUGUUGAUCAAACUUACAGGGACGUCCCUCUUUGUCAUUUUCAUUCCACAGAUCUUCCCCAGAGGGAACUUCAGUUUUGUUCCUGAGGAGAAUUUUACAGUUCUACAGAUCAUCCAGAGUACACCUGAAAGCCACACGACAACUCCUUCCACGAGACUCACAACAGCAGUCUUGGUUCCAGAGCUAAGGUGGGAACCCUAUGGAAGCAAUUCAUAUGGGUUUUCAGAAUCCAUGCUUGAAUGGAGUUCCAGCUACUCAGAAUGUGAUGCCUUGUACUCAAAUCUGGUGAUCAUCAAUGAUGAAAAAGAAAUGGACUUUCUUCAAAACCGAACAGGAAAUGCUAACUAUUUCAUUGGACUAGAAUACCCAGAUGACGGCAGCAAUAAAUGGCUUUGGUGGGACGGCACAGAACCCAGAGGAGAUUUAUUUAUUAUGAGACCAAAUGAAGUGGACAAACAGUGUGCAACUCUCAGAGGCAGAGAAGUGAGUCCGGUUUCAUGCCACGAGAAAAACCGUUGGAUCUGUGAGAGGAAAAAUGGAUAAUCUGUUGGACAGAAAAAAGCCAAAGCACCAACAACAGGAGCAGCACGGACGUUCGUUCUUGACUAUUAAAAGGGGAGCAUCUCAUGAUGUUCACACUUUAUUAUUGCCAUCA